GCAUGGCACGUUCAAUAGCGUUGGAAACGGUGCUGUGCGUCGGAAACAGUGACCUUAUCGAGGUCACUGGUCGGAAACAAAGAUGUAGAUUUCGAAUGACUGAUCGGAAGUCAUAUGUUUUCAGUCGGCGCGAAUUUGGAUAUUACAGCUGCUUCUAUGAGUGCUAAGGAGUGUGAUUCAUUCAAGGUUCUGAAGGAGUGUGCACGGAAUAUAGACAAAAAAAUAGUACACUUAGAGAGAGAGCUGCUUAGCCCUAGCCUCUUUGGAGAUCCCCUGAAGGCUACAGCAUCAGAGGAAUUUGUAGACCAGCGCAUUGAGGAGGUUAUUGAUAUCAAGGAAAACCUCAAAAAACUGAUUGAAGAAACAAAACAUAGCCUAGAAGUUCAGAAAAAAUUCAAUGAACAGUUGUCUGCAACAAAGAAUUCACUGAUCCAGCAAGUAGAGGAGACAGAAAGCCACUUACAGAAAUAUGGCUAUAAACCUUCACAAAAGAACUACAGAGAUUUACUACCUUAUGAAGAAGGAGAAGAAGAAUCCUGUGAUGGAAGCAAGAAAAUCACUGAUGAUAGUUGUGUAUCUCAUGAGGAUGAGGUAACGAAGGAUUUUGAAGAACUGAAUCUAAGCUACAAGGAAUGCCUCACACCAUUUGUAUCAGUUGCACAAUCAAGAAGUAACAAUGUAGUAUCAAGUAACCAACAUUACAUUCCUAGGAAACUGGUUGACAAUGAAUCUACAGUGUCUGAAAGUGCCCCUGAUCAGACAAUAAGUGCCAAUGAUAUUAAUGAAACUACUGGAUAUUCUGAAACAUUCUAUGCACUGGAGAGAAAGUUUAAAAUGUAUAAACUUCAGAAAGGACGUGAAUCGCCAUUUUAAAAUGUUACAAUUUUUUUAGAAUUAAAGUGUUUUUCAGUUUGUUGUUUACACUAAUUUAAAUCAUUAGGCACUGCAGAGGAGACUCGGAUCUAUCACAGUAUGUCAUUAGCUGUGGCAAUGUGACAAUUUGACCUCUUCUCCCACUCUACAGGGCAGUUCAGAUGGAUAAGUCUGUUGCCUGUAAAUUAAAAUUACUGGCAGAAAGCACUGACUGACUGUCUUCUUAUCUGCAUGCUCCUUCAGGUGUUUCCCCUCAAAAAUAACUCUUCCACUGCAGCUAUGAAACAGAUUUACUGGGCAUAGGAACUGACUAUUCACUAGGAAAACAUGUUGUGUAAACCACUAUAUACAUUCUGAAACUAACUCUUCAAAACAUACAUGGUGCUCAAGUCUUUUACCACAAUUAUUUUUGAAAUAAUCCAAAGAUUUUCACCUCACUGUUGACAUCCAGAGCCCAAACUCACAAUAACACUGUAUUCUAAUGGAGUAGUUUCAAUUUGUCAGAAAAGUUCAUUUAAUAACUUGCCCAAAAGAGAAUUCUUGAAAUCAUAAAGUCAAUAAAGUUUCUUAUUGUGAAAAGAAUCCACUCACCAUGCAGUAAUAUACGUUGAUAUCACCAUGCAGUAAUACAUGUUGAUAUUACACAAGAAACAGUUCAUAAGGUUUAUUGUUCCAGCUACUAGACAAAAUUUAGAGUCCAAAAUAGAGCGAGAAAUUCUAAGUUCAUAUACAAUACAUUUUGGAAGGUAGUGCUCAGACUAAUGCAGUGACAGAAUCCUUAUACCACUGCAACUCUCCUCCGGCCAGUGAGGGGCACAACUUUCCUCUGGCAUAGCAGACAGCCGGCCGAAGUGGCCGUGCGGUUAAAGGCGCUGCAGUCUGGAACCGCAAGACCGCUACGGUCGCAGGUUCGAAUCCUGUCUCGGGCAUGGAUGUGUGUGAUGUCCUUAGGUUAGUUAGGUUUAACUAGUUCUAAGUUCUAGGGGACUAAUGACCUCAGCAGUUGAGUCCCAUAGUGCUCAGAGCCAUUUGAACCAUAGCAGACAGCAGACAGAGAUCUGUCUUCAACUCACUUAUGGUCGUUUUCAACCCAACCAAAAUGUGAUCCAUCCAAUUAACAAAAUUGGUCAUAAUAUUUCCCAUUUGGGUCUCCACUACAGCAAUAUAAUUUUUAAUAUUUGAGGAAGUCCUGCAAAAAGUACAGCUGUGAUCUUCUGGCAGAAGCACAAUGAUUCAUUAAAAAUGUGGCGUGGUCAUCUGUGGUUGUGGAAAGAACCUGUAAAAAACAUUAUUUCAGCUGAUUUAUUAACUUCAGAUAGUUCAAAAACUACAUAUCCCUUUGAGUUCCUGUAAUGAAGAAUAUGUCAAAAUAUCUAUACCGAGAGCUUCAGGUUACUUAAUCUGAAAAGGUUUUACCAUAUUUAGAAGAAUGAUUAAUUUCCUUAAUUGCCAUAAACACAUUUUAAAAAAGCACUGAUAUCUCCAAAAGUGAAUGUUAAAUUUUGAAGAAACUUUGCAAAAUGUGUUUCUUUGGUAUGUCCCAUGCAUUGACCAUAUUCUAUUUACUGUAUGAGCUUUCUUGAACAAUCGAACAAACACUGGCCGCCGUGUCAACCUCAGCCCUUAGGUGUCACCAGAUUGAGGAUACGGAGGGUCACAUGGUCAGCACAGCACUCUCCCGGCUGUGGUCAGUUUUCAUGACUGGGACCACUGCAGUAAUCAAAUAAAUCCUCAACUGGCCCUACAAGGGCUGAGUGCACCCAGCUUGCCAACAGCGCUUGGUAGACCUGGACAGUGACUCAUCUAAAUGCUAGCCAAACCCAACAACACUUCACUUUAGUGAUCUCACAGGAACCAGGGUUACUACUGCGGCAAGGCUGCUGGCACAAGCUUUCUUGAGCAGCUCCAAAAUGAUAAAAUGGAUGUUCAACAGGCUGUGAUGUUAUCACUACACUUUCAGUGUGGUCGGCUGACAGAGCAGCUAGCUGUGUGUCUAAAACCUGGUGGUGGCUGGGAGGAAGUCUAUCACUAGCUUCCCUAUAGUACAUUUUAGUGGCUAUACAUAUGUUGAAAAUUUGUAUGUUAAACCAAAAAUAUUGGCUCUAUUUUUAUGGUGUCAGGCUGUUACCCAUGUGAGUUAUUGAUUUGUUCCUAUAUAGGUAAAUCUAAGAUUAUGAAAUCUUUGCUUACCUAAUCAAAUUGUUUGCUUGUAGCUUCCUAUUUAAGUUGUUGUUAUGAAGUUUGUUGCUGUAGACAUGUUAUGUUACUAGCUUGAUCCUAGCUUAGCUUUCGUUGCUUGGUAGGUACUUACUUGGCUCUUACCAGUUUAUAUUCCCAGUGUGGUAUGUUCACCUUCGUACAGAAAUACUUUUUGUGAGACAGAUUGUGACAAAUACUUAUAUUUCCAGUUUGGUAUGUUCACCGUUGUACACCAAUACUUUUUGUUAACUGACUGGGAUAAAUAUUUUAAAGAUAUGAAAUUGCACAGAAUCAUAAAGGGAUGUGUGGAAAGAUUUGAAAUUUUCUGUUCAGAUGAUACUUACAAUAUUAUUUUAUUUAUAGUUACUUUGCGUUCAGUUACUAAUGUCUGCUUUAUGUACUACAUGCACAAUAUAGCCUGGCCCCUUUCAUGCAGAUCUUACUGCAAGCACACAGUUGUCACCCAGCACUUGGGCUGCUGUGGGUUGAGAGGUGUAUGAGUGGGAUUGUGAAGUCAUGCUUCUUCCAUGCAGGGCAAGAAGCACACUGGAAUCAACAUUGCAUUGACAAUGUCUAUUGCAGUUUUACAGUGUGUUCCAUUGGCAAAAGAUAGAAACAAUACAUAUGACCGGAAGUCAUUCAGCUUCCACAGAUUCCUCCAAUCUCAAAAAAUUGCCAAGUUAUAUUGGUCAUGUAGUAGAAAGAGUGUGUGUGUGUGUGAUGUCCAUCAAUCAUCUGCUGGUGGACGGUAGCCAUUUUAAACUUUUUGUUUGUUUCAAUUCUGUUAUCUUUUCUUGUACUGUAAAACACGUACAGUUGGUAGUCACAUACCACAAAUUUUAAAAAUCUUGUUUUCUUCAGUUUCACUGUUUUUAUCAGUAUUAAACCUGCUUUCUUUGAGUGUUGUUGUUGUUGUUGUUGUUGUUGUUGUUGUGCUUUCUUUCUGUCCAGAUUAUAAUUUGGAAGAUCAUGUCUGUUGUAAGACAAGAUGAAAACUACUUUAUCUGAUAAUAGAAGACUUAUUGAGAGUGUG